UCCCUUGACACGUAAGUAGGAAAUGAAUGAGGAAAUCAGUCACUGAUAGCCAAAUUACAGGAUAAUAUGAGUAAAAUUCAAUUGCAAAGAGUUUCUAAUCCCAGCUUGACAUGGUAAGAGUUUCUACAAAUUGAUGAUUGCCUGAAAUGCUUGUUAACGGAGUUUAGGAAAGGGUCAAGUACGAAAAUAGCCACGAAAAAAGGCUAAGGAAGCCCGGUUUUUCUCAGAACAGAACUCCUGAAAUGAUGGCUGAUUAAAGUAAUUACAAAAUAUCAAACAUGAAAAGUGAAAACAUACCAUUAAAUGAGAAAAAAUUGCCUAAAACGUUGGAUUAUUGCAAAUAAACACUAAGGAAACUUCAAAUCCUAGCCAUGCAAUAGUCACAUAACUUAGGACAACCACUUGGGCAAAAGAACAUAGGAAAAACACAAGAGGCUAAAAAACAAGAAGGGGACCAAAGAACAAUGUUACAACAAUGUCAGAAGUCGGUGAUUUAAAUCUCUUUUAUUUCUCAUCUUAGAUCUCCUCUGGCUACAAAACUCAAAAUUUCUGCCAAAAAACUCCAAACUCUCCUCUUAUCCAUUGCUUCGUUAGAUCACUUCGAUCUCAGACCAAUCUCUGUCUAUAUCAAAUCCCAAUGUGCUUUUCCAGCUAAGUCUGUUGCUAAAACAUGGCACACAGUGAAGGGACCAAAAACAUUUAACCGAGAUUCAAGGUACACAGCCACCAGCACAGCUCCAUAUUCCCUGAACUCACAUAAAAAUUAUUGCUUUCUUGUCUCAAGCACACACUUUGCAGUUGAGUUAGCCCAUACCCAACUUGGUCCUUGUCUGAGAAUUGGUCAGAUACCGAGAUGAAUGGAGUCUAAUUCCUGGUUAUAUAGUUCCAAGUACUGGGGUUUCUAGUAUUGUAGAACAAACAGAAACUUGAGAGCAGAUUGAGUCUUGGUCUUCUUUAUCAGGGUUUUAUGAAUAUAUUGUCUGAUGGUUCACUUCAAUAAUAGAUGUGAAAUAUUGGUUACCUGAAAAUGGUUAAAUCGUGUUGGAAGCCAUCUGUUGAGGGUGAUUCUGGGGGCCGUGUUGAUGGGUUGUUGUGGUAUAAAGAUUUGGGGCAACAUGUUUAUGGAGAAUUCUCAAUGGCUGUGAUUCAAGCCAAUAGUUUGAUAGAGGAUCAAAGCCAACUCGAAUCAGGGCCGUUGAGUUCGAGUAGUUCCGGUCCUUAUGGGACUUUCAUCGGUGUAUAUGAUGGACAUGGUGGAGCUAAGGCGUCCCGCUUCAUCAAUGACAACCUUUUCUGCAAUCUUAAGUCAUUUGCGUCUGAGCAUCAAGAGAUAUCAAUAAAUGUUCUAAGAAAGGCUUUCUCGGCAACAGAAGAGAGUUUUCUUUCCCUUGUGAGGAAACAGUGGAUUGGUAAGCCACAGAUGGCGUCAGUGGGAUCAUGCUGUUUGACGGGAGUGAUUUGCAAUGGACUGCUAUUUAUUGCAAAUGUUGGUGAUUCAAGAGUAGUCUUAGGCAGAUCAGAAAGAGGAACCAAGGAACUUAUAGCAAUGCAAUUAUCUACAGAACAUAAUGCAAAUAUAGAUGCUGCAAGAGAAGAGCUUCGGUCAUUGCAUCCUCAUGAUCCACAGAUUGUUGUGAUGAAACACAAAGUAUGGCGUGUAAAGGGCCUGAUACAGAUUACAAGAUCCAUUGGUGAUGCAUAUCUAAAGAAGCUAGAGUUCAACAAAGAGCCUCUCCUGCCUAAAUUUAGGCUGCCUAAAGAGUCCUUCCAAAAGCCGAUCCUUAGUGCAGAGCCAUCAUUGUUAGUACACAAACUCCGCCCUGACGAUCAAUUUCUCAUAUUUGCUUCUGAUGGUUUGUGGGAGCACCUUAGCAGCCAGGAGGCUGUCAAAAUUGUCCAGAGUAGCCCAAGAAAUGGAAUUGCCAGGAGACUAAUCAAAGCUGCACUUAAGGAAGCAGCAAAGAAAAGAGAAAUGAGAUACUCAGACCUGAAAAAGAUUGAUGAAGGGGUGAGGAGACAUUUUCAUGAUGAUAUCACAGUCAUAGUUGUGUUUCUGGAUCCCCAUUUGAUCAAUGGGAGCUCCUCCUACAACUCUUCCUUAACAACAAAAGGUGGAGGAGUCCCUGCUGCUGCUGCUUUCUCAUAGCCAGCCAGCAAUGAUUGGAGUCUCAACUUUCAGUAAACUUGUGUAAACAUUACCAUCAAGGGUAAUAGGAAUACAUUGAGAAUGUUUGUUUAUUGCCAAAGAAACUUAGGAUGAGACUGCUAGAUAUUCUGUAGAUAUAUGAUUUCCAUGUAAUUUCAUUUGAUUGUCUGCUCUCCUUUAAAAUAACUCGUUUUUAGCUUCCAUUUAUAGUUGAUAAUAUCUCAUUCACAAUCCCAAUUUAUAGUUGUUAAGCCUGAACACGCUGAAAUAUUCCUGUUUUAACUUUAUUUUAAACCCAUCUUUGGAUAAUCAAAAGGUGAUUUUCUUUCGCCCGAAAUGCUAAUAUUCUUUUCAAUCCAAAAUUGAUUAAAAUACCAUAUUACUUGAUAUUGAGCAAAUGCAUUUGUGAAGAGGUAAAUGUUGAUUUGCAUGUGAGUUUAUUAUUACGGCAUUAUUUAUCUUGUCAUUUUUAAAAUUUCUAGUAAAAUUACCAAUCGUUUGUCCAACUAUGUCCAUGUCUACGAGUAAAUUUCAGUCCUUAUGCUACAUGCACCAGUCACGAAUGAAGUUUGCAACAGACACUCAACAACAAUGCAGCUUGAUUUGCAAUCUCUCGUAUUUGGGAAAGGCAAACCUAAAUUUAAACAGAUGCUACUAGUCUUAGCCAAAAAAAAAAAAAAAACAGAGUUUAUAAACCCCCGGGCAAGCAAAAAAAUAAAGAAAAUAAUUUUUACCCGUACAAUUUAUCUUCACUUAAUAAUAAUAAUAAUAAAUAUUGUGACUUCACUUUUAUCACCUCUUUUGAAUUGCAUCAACUUUAGCAUGUAAUAGUAAACAUAUCUCUGCCAUGGCAAUCCAGUGAAAAUAAUUUCCUUUUUCUCAUUGUUAUAUCUCUCACUCACUUUCUAUCCUUCUGGUUUUUAAUCUUUUCCUACCAAGAAAGCCCAAACAAACUUCGUUCAAGAUUAUAGAGAGUGGCUCAGCACCCCAUUUCAAUGUACACCAAUCAACAAAAAUAA